ACUCCGGCGCGCGCGGAGAUGGACGUGCUUCUCCAGGCGGGAGAUGCGGGCGACUGGGUUUACAAGGGGGAGGGCGCCGCGAACCUCAUCCUCAGCUACACCGGCUCCUCGCCUUCCAUGAUUGGCAAGGUACUCCGGGCCAAGAAGAUUCUAAAUGACAAGGCACAACCAUCACCAACUUGUGAGGUCUUCUCAAGUUCUGAGCAACUUGUGUGGGGCGAGAUCCCAGGAUUGGUCGAGUCUCUGAAGCAAGAUUGCUUGCCACAAGCCUAUGCACAGGUCAUGAGCCAACAUCUGGGUGCCAAUCAUGUUGAUGGAGGGGUUCGUGCCCGUGUGUCUAAGGAAUUUUUGGAGAUUGUUGGAAAGAAUGUCCUCAGCUCCCGGCCUGCUUGGCGAGUGACUGCAAGCGCAAUUGAUACCAGCGCUGAUUCUGCCCUUCUAAUUUCUGACCACUCCUUAUUUUCUGGAAAGCCUAGAGGUAGCAGUUGCAUCGCAGUGGAGAUAAAGGCCAAAUGUGGGUUCCUUCCAUCAUCAGAAUAUAUAUCACAGGAAAAUUCUAUUAAGAAACAAGUAACACGGUAUAAGAUGCAUCAACAGCUCAAGUUUCAUCAGGGGCAGAUAUCGAAGAUAAGUGACUACAAUCCCCUUGAUCUGUUUUCUGGGUCGAAAGAAAGAAUUCGCACAGCAAUCAAAUCAUUUUUCUCGACUCCUCAGAACAACUUCAGGAUUUUUGUGGAUGGCUCGUUACAUUUUGGUGGCAUGGGAGGUGGUGCUGAUACGGUCCAUCCUGAUGAAACAGAGAAGUGUCUUGAAGAUCUGACAAAGGUUAGCGGGCUACAACCAUCUGACCUUAUUGAGCUGCUGUCAGAGGCAAUAUUUAAAUCUGGGGUAUUGGAUAAGCUCUUGGUCACUCAAAAACUGGAUGAUCAUGACAUCGAAGGGGCAAUUCAUCUGUAUUACGACAUCAUUUCUCAGCCUUGUUUGGUCUGCAAAAAUAUAACUGAUGCUGAGCUAUUGCACAAGUACUCUGUGUUACAUUCUCUUUCUUUGGACAAGAGCUGUAAGAUUGUCAGGGACUUCCUUAUUGCUGCUACUGCAAAGGACUGUAGCCUCAUGAUGUGCUUUCGGCCAAGAGAGAGUGAAACAACAGAUUCGGAGUAUGAUUCAGUGUUCCUCGAGUCAGUGAACCGAACCUAUGAUUACAAGGCGUAUUUUGUUGAUCUUGAUGUGAAACCUCUGGAUAAGAUGCCACAUUAUUUCAAACUGGACCAAAAGAUAGUCAACUUCUACACAAAAAAUGGGGAGGUUGGGCGUGUUCCAUGUGAUUCUUCAAAGGGAGGUAGCACUAGUGGCGACGACUCAAAGAUUCAGUUAGAACAUUGAGGAGUUCCUUCAUGCCUCUGGAGCGGAAAGUGCACAUGAGAUUGGUCACCUGUUUUCUUCUUGCGGCUGUUGUUGUAACCUUGUAAGUACAGCUCCACUGUUGAGGAGCUCUUUCCCCCUUUCGUCGGGGUGUUUAUUUUACAGCAGAGUGGUUGCUAUUGUCGUUGUAGCGUUAUGAGUUGUACAGCAUAUAUACUGGGUGCCUUGUCGCGGCGGAAUAUACACCAAGAAUUUGACACACAAAGCAUCAAAAUGUACCGACAAACCCUUACUUUUACCAGCGGCAACCACAUGUUUUGUAAUGUUUGCAGUCUAAAUGAGGGCUCAAUUAUGCCUUUCUGGCCA